ACUUGGAAGUGUAACAGUUGUUUUUAUCAAAUGUGUAUUUAGAUUUUUAAGUUACUUUUGAUUUUCUCCUCUUGGUUCAUGUGGCGCUUCUGACUGUACACGUUUAAUCAAAACUACGUCCGUUAUAUUUGAUUUUAUUUGAAAAAAUGGAAAUGGCUACACAAGUGCUGUUGAAAGAAAAUAUAACCUGUUCUCAUUCAAAGGAUGACCAACAUGAAAGCUCUAAUAAUAUAUCUAGCACUGUUCAAAAGGAUAUACAGAAUCUAUAUGAAGCAGUGCCACAUCUUUCGAGAAUCUUUCAGAUAAAGGAUAAAAUUGGUGAAGGUACUUUUAGCUCAGUUUACUUGGCAACAGCAACGCUAAAAUCUGGAAAGGAAGACCUGUUUGCGCUAAAACAUUUGAUCCCUACAAGUCAUCCAGUAAGAAUAGCUGCAGAGCUUCAGUGUUUGACUGUGGCAGGUGGUAGAGAAAAUGUCAUGGGAGUCACCUACUGCUUAAGAAAGGAUGACCAUGUUGUUAUUGUAAUGCCAUAUGUUGAGCAUGAAUCAUUUGUGGACAUUUUAAGAUCUAUGAGUUUUGAAGAAGUUCAACAAUAUAUGUUUAACCUCUUAAAAGCAUUAAAACAUAUUCAUCAUUUUGGAAUCAUUCACCGGGACAUCAAGCCCAGCAACUUCCUUUAUAACCGCAAACAGAUGAAGUAUGCUUUAGUGGAUUUUGGGCUUGCGCAGGGUACUCCUAAUACUACUGUAGAACUUCUAAAGGUUGUUAAAGCUGAAGGACAACCAAGUAAGUGCUUGAAAAAUAAAUCUCAUGCUUUUGGAAGUAAAAUUCCUCCUGCUAGUACAUCUUCAAAGGAUGCUUCUCGGAAUCAGUCCAUAAAGCCACCGGUUAAACGAUCCCUGUCACCUUUACUGCAGAAAAAUUCAAAGACCUCACUCUUGGUCAAUUCCCAGCGUUCCGUAUUUGGUGAAAAAAGCCUAAACAGCCUUAAUUCAAAUGAUGGAUCUGGGAGCAAGGUAGUCAAACCUUCUAAGACGAUAAGUGUGCAGUCUCGGAAGAUUGCGUUACCUAAACGUAAGAUGGUUCCAGUUAAAGGUUCUGUUAGUACUGUAAGCAGCCAAAGUCAAAAAUCAUCAAGUCAGUGUCCAAUAAAUUUGACAUGUGAUUGUUAUAUGACUGACCGAGUUUGCAACAUAUGUCUGUCAAGGCGUCAGCAAGUUGCACCUAGAGCAGGAACCCCUGGUUUCAGAGCCCCUGAAGUUCUAACUAAAUGCCCCAAUCAAACAACAGCUAUAGAUAUGUGGUCUGCAGGAGUUAUUUUUCUUUCUCUUUUGAGUGGUAGAUACCCAUUUUUCAAAGCAAGUGAUGACUUAGUUGCUUUAGCACAAAUAAUGGCUAUUCGUGGAUCUAAAGAAUUGUCUAAAGCAGCCAAGACAUUUGGAAAAUGUGUUUUGUGCAGUAAAGAAAUUCCAGCUAAGAACUUAAGGACAGUUUGUGAAAAACUUCGAGGGAUCCAUACAUUCAAGGAAAAUAACUGUGAAAGGGAUGAUAUCUCAAGAAACCUUAAUGACACGCAAAAUAGUCCUUAUUCAAAGGAAGAGUACUGUUUUAAAUCCUCUUCAGAAGAGCCACAACAUACUGUCGUUAAAGAGGUCCAACAGGAUUUUCAAAAGGACCCAGAAACCACUAAAAAGAUGUCAACUGUUGCAAAGGGAUGGGACAGAGUUCCUGAUACUACGUAUGAUCUUCUUGACAAAUUACUAGAUAUGAAUCCUGCUACACGGAUAACUGCUAGUGAAGCCUUAUUGCACCCUUUGUUUGCAGGAUUACAACUCUAAUGACUUCUUUAAAGCUGCUGGAGAUUUUAGUAUGACCUCCUCUCUGAAGGAGUAACUAAAAACAAAACUAAAAUGUUUGUUUUUUUUAUCAAGAUGGGUGUAAGGUGUCAGGAGUUGUAAGAAAGGAAUAUCUAUGCAAAUGUACAUAAAAUCUGGCACAGCUAGAUAAUACAGACACCAUUAGUUAUAAAGUGACUUGUAGGUUGUCAUGAUUGGCAUGGGUUCCACUGUCCACCUUUUUAAAGUGUCUACUCAUUUCUUAAGAAAGUGUGAAGUCUUGGUACGAUCUGUAUGUCUAAAAAUGUUGCAUUUCUAUGAUUAAUGAUAAGAUAUCAAAUGUCGUGGACGAUAUUGGGUGCACACUUAAAUUCUGAAAAAGCAGUUUAUUUAGAAGUUUAUUUAAUGUUUUAGUGUAAGAAGUUUUCAAUAUUUUUAAUGUUUAACUAUUAAAUUGAGUCUUUUAAGUUGUUUUAAUAUUUAUUUCAUAAUACUUUAUGGUUUAUUUAGGAAGAUAAAGCAGAGCAGAAAAAGUUUGGAAAAGGAUGACAAGGGCAUUUGUGUAUUCUUCACUGGUUCUUGUGGCCUUUUCCAGAUUAUUUGGCUUUAAUUUGCUUGACUAGUAAUCAUAUUUAUUGCACUUCUUGUCAGAAGUAUGGAAUUUUGUAGAUUUAAUAAGCACAAUGAAGACAAUUUCAGGUAGCAUGUUUGUGAUGUUAAGACUAAAGGCCUCUCCAAGUUCAGUGUUGCACAUUUUUGCCUUUCCUGAUUAUAGCCCCACUGAGAUUUUCUUUCAUGGUGUUUUAAAAAUGCUUAGCCAAGACCUGGGAAGAUUAAUAUAGAUUAAAGAGGAUACUGAAGUUUGCAGUGCACACCACUCUGAAAUCAUACUUGAUAAUAUUACUGAAACAUGCUUUGAAUUCCGUAUUAAUAUAAGGGUAUGUUUACUCGUAUCAAAAGAAAAAUGUUUGCUUAAGUUACAAUGCUUGGAAAUAAAUGUAUUCUGGAAAGCUAAUCUUAGUCAGAGUAGCCUGUCCAGAUGAUGUUAGCCAAGGUGGUUAUUGCAACUAAAUAGCUCUUUGUCACUGGAAUUACACAUUAAAGAAAUAUUUGAAUUCAA